GUGCAGGAGGAGCACAUCAGGCAAUGCUUUGAAGAACAACGCCACAUGACGAAGUGUCAAAUUUACUUAACAGCAAAUUCUUUUCUGUGGAGUGGAACUGAAUAUAUGAAAAGGAUCUCUUUGCUUCAAUGUGUGUGACAGAGGAGUCUGGUACGUGUUUUCCAUUGUCAAACACGUACCAGAUGACCAUCCUUGUGUCAACCCUGAUUCAGAGCAAAGCUAAGUUGCAGGUUAAGUGUCUGUGUGUGCUUAUGUUCCUGAGCUUCCCUCUGACUAUGGCUGAGGUCCCUGGUCCAUGCAGACACUCCAUCACUAGGGAGCACCUGCUGACAGUCGGGCAUCUGAUGGAUAACCAGUUGAGAAGUGGGUGCUCGAUAACCUACACAUUCAUAGAACAGAGAAGUUUGAGCAAAUGUUGCUUUGUAAAAGCUGCUUUACCCUGGAUCCUGGAGCUCCUCACCACCCACUUCAAAUAUAGCAGAGGUUCAGUCAAUGAUGGCUACGUUCAGUCCUUGAGAGCUCUCAUCCUUAACAUCUACUCUCAGAAAUGUGUGCCUCAGAUUAAUGAAGAGGUUGAGGAUAAGCCAGAGAGUUUCGAAAUGCUCUACAGAGGGUCUCCUUCAGAGGCCCUGCAGAGGGCUUCAGAGGUACUGUCUGUUUACUGGGAGCUGGUUACGACGAGUGACACACCAGUAGACUGGAGAUGCCAACAUGAAUACACAGAAGUCUUUGGCUCUACUACAGAGCUAUCCACAGAGUCACCAACACAACACUUUACAGACAGUUAUGGUAGGAAGUCAGUGAAGGCCUCUCAAAGAAGACCGGUCAGAGACCUGUACAAGCUCGGCUUCAUCAUCGCCUCCAUCUGCGGAGGACUGCUGUUCAUACUCACUCUCUACUGUCUCAUCACACAAAAGAAAACCCACAUUCAUCACAGAUCAAGAUCAUAUACAAACACAAGCAGAGACCCGCAGGACAUAGAGAUGGAGCCACAAUAAUGCAGUAAAGAGCACAUCACUGCGGCAGCAGACGGAGCACUUGUGAAGCUGUACAUUUUAUCCAUCAUGAACAAGUUUUCAUAUCAGUAAUGUGUGUGUAUUGUAUCAUGCUGACCUGUUUAAUCGGAAGCUUCGCUUUGACUGAGAGCAAAGAUGGACCUUACUUGGAAUAAUAUGCUAUGUAUAUUAUGUUUAUGUGUUAUCUAUUGCAGAUAUCUUUUCAAGUUCACUAAAAAAGUUUUAUUUUUACACUACUUAUGUAUGUUGAAUAAUGUGUUUCCAUUUGCUAUCACUUAACCAACUGUUUGUAUUGUUGUUUGCCACAUUUCCACAAUUUUUAUUUAUUAGUUUGGAUCUAUUCAAUCACUGUAUUGAUAAUAAAAGUU